GCAAUCUCAGAACCAGGCUGAAGUCAGCGAGCACCUAGCUAAAAACUCGUUCUUUCUCACUAUUUUACUCGCUUGGAUCAUCUCUACUAUCUCUCACAGUCAUGGUUUAUGACUUCGAUGCUGCCGAAUCAUCCAAUCUCGAUACACCUUGGGCCGACGACACAAUGCAGGCCACGAAUGGUCAGGAAGCCGAAUGGACACAGAUUUCCUCUAGCUUUGCCAAUGCUGGUUACCGGGAGGGCAUAACUGCAGGAAAAGAGUCAGCUCUCCAAGAGGGUUUCGACGCCGGCUUCGCUCAAGUCGGCGCUCCUCUCGGACGUGAACUAGGAAUACUCCGCGGAGUCUCAUCCGCUUUACUUUCUCUGUUCAAGGCUAGAGCUUCCAUGGACUCUAUGUCAAUACACAUCUCCGAGGCUCGCGACAUCGCCACACGUCUGGCCGAGGUACGCUUUUCGGAUAUUGCUCCGCGAGACUUGGAGGCGGAGCAGCACGCUCGCGAUCAUCUCGAGUCAUACGGGGAGGAAUUGGAUGAGAAUGUGGACGUCGCUGAGAAGAGAAAGGUCGAACAAUUGGAGGAUAUGAUGAAUCAAUUGACAGCGAGCACGGGUGCGGGUGCUGUGACUAAUGGGCGUAGGAGGCCAGGACUGGAAGAUGUGAAGGAGUUGCAAUCGCGUCUUGAGGCAUUGGGUUCCGUUGCAGGUGUUGAUGUGAAAAUACUGUGGAGUUGAACUUUGCCAUCGCGCUCUAUAUCAAGAGAUGGGGACGAACUGCCUUGACGCCGGGUACACUCGCUGGGGUCUAUUAUUGGAUGUGCACCCCAAGACUCUGUGCCUACGUAGUAUCUUCGCGGUACAGGCGAACGCCAAAUGCUGCGUGGGAUCCUUUGGCGAGGCCGCAGGCUGUUAGUGAUCCGGCACCGACAGAACAGGAUGCACGAACCAGGAGAGACAGAGAUGUUGUGGGCAGAAGGAGAGGGCGACUGUCGUGGUUUCCGGGCUUCGGUCUAGAGAGAGCAAAAGGAGGUUCGAUAUUCAGGAUAGUUAUGUCGUAUCCAUUACACGAUAUGCAGCCUUCGUUAAG